CCUUCUGUAUCUCGUUUAUCUGCCCUCUUGUUUUACAGCGUUCGUGUCAUUGAGCGCAUGGUCCGCACACCGCACCAACCCUCCACAAUGCAAAAGACCCUAGGCAAGGCCACUUCAACAGCCGACCGCGUGGAUAGUCCAUACUCGUACCCAGACCAUAUACUCGAUGUGCUCGUUAUUGGCGCCGGGUUCGCAGGAUGCUACCUACUACACACGUUACGCAAGGCCGGAUUCCGCACUAAGAUCAUCGAAGCCGGAUCCGAUUACGGCGGCGUGUGGCACUGGAAUUCGUACCCAGGUGCACGAGUAGACUCGCAAUGGCCCAUAUACGCGCUGGGUAUUCCCGAGGUGUACGAGAAUUGGAGUUGGAGCGAGCAAUACCCCGGUGAGAAGGAGCUGAAGCGGUAUUUCAGGUUCGUGGGAGAGAAGCUGGAUCUACGGAGAGACACCGAGUUUGGGAAGAAGGUGGUGAGCGCUGAGUGGGAUGAAGAAGAGAAGGAAUGGAAAGUGAAGUGUGAUGAUGGGUUUCUUGUGCACACCAAGUUCCUGAUUGCGGGAAUUGGAUUUGCCGCGAAGCGCUAUUUUCCGCCGUGGAAAGGGCUCGACAGCUUCGAAGGGGUGAUGCAUCAUUCGAGUUUCUGGCCUGAGGAAGGAGUUGAUGUCAAAGGGAAGAGGGUUGCGGUGGUCGGAACGGGAGCAACUGGUUUGCAGAUCAUACAGGAAUGGGGCAAGGAGAUUGGUGAGGAAGGGUCGCUCACUGUGUUCCAGCGCACGCCUCCCACCGCAGGGCCGAUGAGACAAAAGAAGAUAUCCAAGGAAGAACACGAGGAGAUGAUGGCGAGGCUGCCCGAUGUGUACAAGCAAAGGCUCGAGACAGAGUCUGGGUUCACGUACACUGUGCAGACCGAAUUGAAGAUGGCGGAUCACACGGUCGAAGAGCGGGAGAAAUUCUUCGAAGGCUUGUGGCAGAUGGGCGGAUUCCGCAUGUUCUCGAAUAAUUAUGGAGAUAUGAUGACAAACCGCGAAACCAACGAGGCGGCAUACAACUUCUGGGCGCGAAAAACACGAGCAAGGGUGCACGACCCGAGAAAAAGAGACCUCGUUGCUCCGCUGGAGCCGUUGCACGUGUUUUGUGGAAAGCGACCUUCACUAGAGCAAGAUUACUACGAGCAAUACAACAAGAAGAAUGUGGACAUUGUCGACCUUCGGGUGAAUCCGAUCGAGGACAUUGUUCCCAAGGGUGUGCUCAUGGCCGACGGAACAGUACACGAGUGCGACAUCAUCGCGAUGGCUACAGGCUUCGACAUGGUGACGGGCGGACUGAAAGACAUUGACAUUCGCGGGUCGAAUGGAGAGCUGCUGAGAGAGAAAUGGGACAAGGGCACGUAUACGCAUCUGGGCAUGACAACGUCGUCGUUUCCCAACUUCUUUUUCCUGUACGGGCCUCAGGGGCCGACGGCGCAUGCAAACGGGCCGAGCUGUGUGGAACCACAGGCAGACUGGAUUCUAGGGGUUCUCCAGCACAUGCGUGACGAGGGACUGGUGAAGUUGGAGGCCAGACCAGAGGCAGAAGAAAGGUGGAAGCAGCUGGUGCACGAUAAGAGCGUGGUUUCUCUUCGGCAUACCAUGCUGAGCUCGUUCAACGGAGGCAACAUUCCGGGGAAGAAGGUCGAACCGCUGAAUUAUGCAGGAGGGCUCCCCGAUUACAUUAGCAGGAUAUGGAAAGAGCGCGAGGAGGGACUGGGUGGAUUUGCACUGAGUUAG